CGGUUCGGAGAUUACGACACUUGGAUUCGACUGAUUCGAAUUCUCUGCAGCCGGCGCAGUUUUCUCUCUGCUGCUCCCUGGCACGGCCUUCUCUUUUGACUUACUGCGGCGUUCCUCCUACGCUACCCAUGUAUACUGCCAUAGAGUACGCUAGUGAGUGUUGAACACUGGCGGCUUUGGCAAGCGGCAGUUGCCUGAGCAAUUCUUCAACAAUCGUCCGCGGAAAUUUCACGUCAUGUCAUCACCCGUUCUCGUAAGGCAAGGCAAUAGGCGAACUGAUUCAUUUAAAUACGGCUGGUAAUCUGCGUUGCACUAAUUGACCAUGUCCCAGCCAUUGGUGGUCACCUCGCGGUCGACCUUGAUGCACGCCUCCCUUGCCUAUCUCUCAGACGAGAUACGGACCCUUGACUCAGUUAUCACAUCCCACUUGUCGCAUUCCUCCCUUCUUGCGAUGCCUAUCGAAAUUCUGCUUCUAAUACGUUCUCAUCUCCUUCUCGCGGUCACCACCGAAUUAAUAAACCGCUCAACUUGUGCACUGAAACGCUACGAAUCCACGUUGCGUGCUCUUCUUUGUGCAGAUUGCAUUGCGUAUAAUCAAGACGUGUAUGGGAAGGAUAUAUGGGAGUGGGAGCAGUUCUCGGGAGCGUGUUCGUGCACUGUCACCACGAACAGUACACCAACUCCUCGUAUUCGCCAUCUUCCCACCGCUACCAUCAACCCCAAACGUUUUGUUGAUCGCGUCCAUUGGCUCGAAUACUAUCUUUCUCGAAAAUCGCUUCGUCUCCUCCGCGGCCGCUCAGUAUCGCUGAAUAAAUCGCACGAUGUGAUCUGGGGGGCCGUAUCCGUGGUGUUGGGGAAUUUUGGAUGCAAGGUUGUCAUGGGAAGCCCAUGUUAUCGACGUUUCUUUCCGCUAUUGCGCGACAAACACAUUGUCGUCGUUCCGGAGAUGGAAUGCGAAUCGUGGUCGUUGACCCAAGUUACUCUGAAUCGGGUGGACAGAGACCUCGGCCUGUCCCUGCACCAUCCCAACGCUCUUGAAGAUCCCGUUGAUGGUUUCGCCCCCCUUCCCAGUGUUUCACGACCAUUUUACCACUUCCAUCAGAAACAGUCCGUCAUCCACCGAUCUUCAGUCCUUCGUCCCACCAUGGAAAACAUCAGUGAUGCACUCAACGCACUGUUUGCUAUUCCCAUUGCUUUCAUGACAUUUAUUCUCGCAAUUCUCUGCUUUUAUUCACGACCAGGUGCAUUCAGAAUUAUGUGAUGGCUGGUACAAUUCCCUAGUAUGCUUGCUCUCAGGUUACAUCCACGAUUCUAUUUUUUCUCGCUCUUCACGAAUAUUUUUGCAUACAUCCUUACUCCAUCACCCUCAAUACCAAUAUUUCACCGGAUCAUCUUCAUCUUCUCCUUCAUCCCGAAUCUUGUAUUAUAUUUGUAUUCCUUCCGCCGUUCACCCAUCGACUCCAUUAUUACUUACAACUAGAGCCUUCUCUGUCACGCCCGCUUCGGCCACUUCUUGGGAU